CAGUAGGCCACGACAAACUGUCAAAUGUUAGAAACAGUUACGGGCGUCGCAAAUUAAGUUUUACGAUUUUUUUAUAUUUGUGAAUAAUUAAAAGAUACGUGUUUCAAUCAGGUGCAACGAAUGACCUAAAAGCAUGUUCCUGUUACGGCUGCUUGGUCGCCGCGGACGCUCCACCUCGGCUAGCCAAACUGGAACGGCCAUGCUCGGACUAUUUGGCACUGCUGCCGUGGUCGCAAUCAACCUUCUGUCGACGUCCAGUGUCAUGGCCUGCCCCUCUUCGCAGCCGGUUUCCAGCCCGUUGACUGGUGGAAAGGGUGGAGGCUCGGUGUACGAUUUCAGUCCCGUCGACAUCGAUGGGAAUGUGGUAGAUUUGAGUGGGGACCGGUACAAGGGCCACGUGCUAAUCAUUGUCAACGUGGCGAGCAAAUGCGGCUACACCGAUGGUCAUUACGCCGAGCUAAAUCAGCUGCUGGAGGAGUACGGUGAGACGAAGGGACUCCGCAUACUGGCAUUCCCGAGCGAUCAGUUUCAUCAGGAACCGGGCAGCAAUGCGGAAAUUAAACACUUCGCGCGGGAUGUGAAGGGUGCAAAGUUUGAUCUGUUCUCCAAGAUCUACGUUAACGGUGAUGAGACGCAUCCGUUGUGGAAGUUUCUGAAGCAACAGCAGGGUGGAACGUUGUUCGAUGCUAUCAAGUGGAACUUUACCAAGUUUAUUGUGGACAAGAAGGGUCAAGUGGUCGAGCGGCAUGGGCCACAAACUAGUCCGUUGGAGCUGCGCAAGAAUUUGGAGAAAUAUUUUUGAAGGGUUUGGAGAAGAAGCUGCAUUUAUAAGGGAUUGAAAAUGAUUUUGCUUGACUAAAGGACCAUGUUUAUUUGCACGUAUCCGAAUAAUAACGUCAUUAUAAUAAAUGCUAUCGAAUAUAUUGGUGAUUGAUUAAUUGACAAUACGUCAUUCAGUUACAGAUUGUAUUAAAAAAA